ACAAACAUCUUCCGUGGUUAAAGUUCAAGAACAUGGCGGCCUAGUGAAGCUGCUCAAUGUUAUAUAGCCAUGCUGGAAUCUGUUACUGUAUAAUACUAUACUAUAUUCCUUAAUUCCUUUAGGGUUUGACUGUAUGUUCUGCAUAGACGCUUAAGGUUAACCAUAAUAAGAUUUAAUCUUCAACAUGUUGCGGGCUUUAUCGAGGUGUCAUGCUCCUGUCGUCCGUCUUCUCUCUCCUCGUACUGCUGUUUUGGUCGAAGCUGUCAGGGGAAGAAAAUCUCGCACAGACCCCAUAGCGAAGUCAAAACUGGGACGGAUCAAGACUCCCCCUCCCGUAGAUCCAGUAGAAAUGGUUGUACUAAAGGAGCGUUACACUGAAUACAAUCUGGUUUUAAGAGCCCUGCGACUUGAGUUCAAGGAGCAGAUGUUGAGGAAGAAAUAUGAAGAGGAGGUUGGUUCCGUGGCAGAGGAGAGAACUAAAAGGGAGGCAGAAGAGCAUCGGUCACUGAUGGCCUUGAAUGAUGCUGAAAACCUCAGAAUGCGUGAGAUAAGAGCGCAACGCAUGCAGAAGGAGGCUGAGGCCGCUGAGCUGAAGAAGAGAGAAGCAGCCAUCUUACGCCAGCAAGAGCUGGAGAGCUACAUUAAAGAGAAAGAAAGACAAAUUCUUCUACUACAGGAAGAGGCAAAGGACUUCAUCACACCGGACAAUCUAGAUCAGCGUAUUGAAGAGGCUCUUGACAACCCGAAAAACUACAACUUUGCCAUUGAUAAAGAAGGACGUGUUGUCAAACGGACUGCAUUUCAGCAAUAAGGACUUCAAAAACCUAAAUACAUACAAUGUACAUAAAAUAUAUACUGUCAGUGUCAUCGUUUAAACUGUAUGGACAAAACAAAAAAAUGUUUUUCUCAAAACUGAUCCAUAUGAGAGUGCUUUCUGACCCUCUGCAAGUAUUAUUAGUGAGUGAUAUGUGAGGAACUCAAAAUAUCUCAAAUAUACUAAAGUCUCUUAGUCUCUGUCUUCUUAUGAUGGUCUUCACUAGUCAAAAUAGUUAAUACAGUAAAAGCACCAACUAAUGUCAUGACA